UCAGCCGCGCUCUGCCUGUUUCCAUGAAGAUCUGGACAUUUUAACUGACGGGACUUUUCGUUGCUGCUUUAAAUCGGAAAACCACAGAAAGUCCGUUCAUCUCUGAAGAACGGUUCUGUUCUGCCACAUCCACGGUGACUCCUGGUUGUGCGUGUUUCUGCCUCUGGUUCUCUCAGAUCCCGGCCUGUGGAUAAAUCGGUUGGUUCCAGUUCGGAGUCUGGCGCUCGGUUCCACCUCUUCCCGCCUCCCGCUGCGCCCUGAAGCGGGGGAGACAUGAGACCACCCAAACACUGAGUGACGGCUGGUUGAUGGGGAGGAUUUCGGAUGUCAGCCGGGACAGUGGUCAUCGCAGGAGGAAUUCUGGCUACAGUCAUUUUACUGACCAUCGUCGCUGUGUUGUGUUUAUGUAGGCUGCAGUAUUACUGCUGCAAGCCGGAGGAGUCUGAGAAGGACGACGAGGAACCGGAACUGUCCACCAUGUCGCCCUCUCGGCCCCUGGCUCUGUGCGCUCCGCCCACGCCUCCCACGCCGGAGCACUACAGCGACGAGCUGGAGUCGUACCCGCCCACCUUCCUCACCGAGGCCAACGGGCCCUGCAGCUACUCCCCGCCGCCGCCGGCGCCGCCGCGCCGGGGCCAGCGGGUCCACGCCUUCUGCCCGUCCUGCGCCCGCUGCUCGCUGCCCUUCUACCUGCAGCAUCCAGAGCGGCUGUGCAACGGCGGCCGCAGGAUCAGCUACCGGACUGUGCAACAGCAGGACCUGGAGCUGCCCGCCGACCUGGACAGCUUCUACCAGAAACUGAUCCGCUCCUACACCAUGAAGGAGGUGGUGAACCACAGCGUCAGCACCGACGUGUAGCUGCCGCCAGGAUCUGGGCCGAUGGAGAAAAGGAGCAAAGUUCUGCCAAAAUACGCAGAAGUCUUGAGAGUAAUCUAAUAUUUUUGAGAAAAAAAACAACAACGCAAUUCCUGAGUUUGAAAAACCAAGAAUUUGCUAGAAA